CCCUUCUUCUAGUGUGUCAGCUUCACAGGAUUCUCCAAUGCUCCAAGCCCAACGAGCCCUUUGUUCCCAGGCCAGGCCCUCGGCUGGGGGCUGGCAGGCCCUGCGUUUCGACGGUGGGGCCUUCCGUCUUAAGAGCACUGCAGAGCUGGCAAGGGCUUUGCUGGUGCUGAGGCUCUGUGCCUGGCCCCCUCUGGUCACCCAUGGACUGGCGCUCCAGUCCUGGGCUCAGCGGCUGCUGGGUUCCCGGAUCUCAAGUGCCCUGCUGAGGUCAUCCAUCUAUGGGCAGUUUGUAGCUGGGGAGUCAGUGGAGGAGAUCAGGGGCUGCCUGCAGCAGCUCCAUGCCCUGGGCCUCCGCUCCCUGCUGGCAGUGCCCACCGAGGAGGAACCAGAUUCGGCCACCAAGACCGGCGAGACCUGGUAUGAGGCAAAUCUCCACGCCAUGCUUCGGUGCGUGGACCUGUCCCGAGACCUAGUGGUCAGCCCCGGCCCCAGGCUCAUGCAGCUGAAGGUGACAGCACUCACCAGCCCGCGGCUCUGUAAGGAUCUAACUUCGUGGAUCAGAAGGCCAGGGCCCUGUUCAGAGCUGAGCCCCGAGAGGCUGGCUGAGGCCAUGGACUCUGGGCAGAACCUCCAGGUGUCCUGCCUCAAUGCUGAGCAAAACCAGCACCUCCAGGCAUCCCUAACCCGCCUGUACCGGGUAGCCCAGUAUGCCCAGGCUCAGCACGUGCGACUCCUGGUGGAUGCUGAAUAUACCUUCAUCAACCCUGCGCUGUGCCUGCUCGUGUCCGCCCUGGCCCUGCGCUACAACAAGCCUCAGGAAGGCGGGCCCUGGGUGUGGAACACUUACCAGGCCUAUCUGAAGGACACGCACGCGCGGCUGGCACAGGAUGCUGAGGCCGCACACAGGGCCGGCCUGGCCUUUGGAGUGAAGUUGGUGCGAGGGGCAUAUCUGGAGAAAGAAAGAGCCGUGGCCCGGCUCCAAGGGACAGGAGAUCUCACUCAGCCGGACUACGAGGCCACCAGUCGGAGUUACAGCCGCUGUCUGGAACUGAUGCUGAGCCAGGUGGCCAGCCACGGACCCACCUGUCACCUCAUGGUGGCUUCCCACAAUGAAGAAUCCGUUCACCAGGCCACUAAGCGCAUGUGGCAGCUGGGUAUUCCUGUGGAUGGGCCUGUCUGUUUUGGACAACUUCUGGGCAUGUGUGACCACGUCUCCCUGGCACUGGGGCAGUCUGGAUAUGCAGUGUAUAAGUCCAUCCCUUAUGGCUCCCUGGAGGAGGUGAUCCCCUACCUGAUCCGCCGGGCCCAGGAGAACCGGAGUGUGCUGCAGGGUGCUCGAAGGGAGCAGGCACUGCUCAGCCAAGAACUGUGGCGGAGGCUACGAGGGGGAGACCUAAGGGUACCCCAUUAGCACUUGGGGGGUCAUAGUCAAUAAAGGUCCAGAGUUAUGGCCCAGGUUGUUCUCCUGCCCUGAGGCUGCC